UUCAAUUUAAACAACCAAUCUUCAGGUCAAUCUCAAAGCCCAGCCAAACUCAACAGCCAACUUCAGAAGCUGAUCAAACAGCAAGAUGAAGGGGUCACUGUUGCUCACGGCAGUUGCUGUCUUUGCUGUCCAGACUCUGGCGCAUCCAGCCAAGUCUGAGCCUCCCCGCGAGCCCUCUCCAGUGGUUGAGGAUCGAGCAACCUCGCCCACCGUUGUGAUUUCUCCUUCAAACACGGUCAUCGGCGCAGUCUCCGGCACUGUCGAGUCUUACAACGGUAUCUACUUCGCAGAUGACCCAACAGGCUCACUGCGGCUUAGGCCGCCUCAGAAGCUCUCUACAGACCUGGGCGAUGCUUUUGACGCCUCAGGAACUGCAGCAGCGUGCCCUCAGAUGCUGGUAGCAACUGCCAGCCAAGAUGGUCUCUUUCUGGAGAUUGCAGGGUAUCUGCUGGACUCGCCGCCGUUCCAGACGGCGACUGAUGAGUCGGAAAAUUGCUUGACCGUCAGCGUCGCGCGACCUGCUGGAACGGUGGCUGGCGCAGGCCUACCAGUACUUUUCUGGAUCUUUGGUGGCGCUUUCGAGCUCGGUUCGACGUCUAUGUACGAUCCAUCCAGUCUCUUGAGCCAGGCUAUCGACCAGGACCAGCCUUUCGUCUUUGUCGCGGUCAAUUACAGAGUGGCUGGUUUUGGCUUUAUGCCAGGGGCUGAGAUUCUAGCUGACGGCGCUUCCAACCUUGGUCUUCUCGACCAGAGGAUGGCUCUCGAGUGGGUGGCGGACAACAUUGAGGCCUUUGGAGGUGACCCGACCAAAGUGACCAUCUGGGGCGAAUCGGCCGGCUCCAUCAGCGUGUUCGACCAAAUGGCUCUCUACGGAGGCAACAUUACUUACAACGGUCAGCCGCUGUUCCGAGGAGCCAUCAUGGAUAGCGGGAGUAUUACCCCUGCAGAUCCCGUCGACUGUCCCAAGGGGCAAACCGUGUACGACACCGUCGUUGAGGCCGCUGGAUGCGCCUCCUCGAAUGACACGCUGGAUUGCCUUCGCGCGCUGCCGUACGAGACCUUCCUCAACGCAGCAAACUCUGUCCCUGGCUUCCUUGGAUACCAGUCGGUGGCUUUAUCCUACCUACCAAGGCCCGAUGGGGUGGUCCUCAUAGACAGCCCAGAUGUCCUGGCUGCCAAUGGACAGUACGCUGCUGUGCCCAUGAUCAUCGGCGACCAAGAGGACGAAGGAACCAUCUUCGCGCUGUUCACAGACAACGUGACUACAACCGCGGACCUAGUCGAAUACUUCACCAGCAUCUUCUUCGAAGAUGCUACAGCCGAGCAGAUCGAAGGCCUUCUCGACACCUACCCAGACGAUAUCGUGUCCGGCUCCCCCUUCAGGACCGGUUUGUUCAACGAGCUGUACCCUCAGUACAAGCGAAUUGCUGCUGUUCUCGGCGACCUUGUCUUCACCCUUACGCGCCGGGUCUUCCUCGCUUCAACCACCGCGGUCAACCCCGAUGUCCCGUCUUGGAGCUAUCUUUCUUCCUAUGACUAUGGUACCGUGUACCUGGGAACCUGUCACGGCAGCGACUUGUUACAGGUCUUUUAUGGCAUCUACGACAACUAUGCAGCCGAUGAGAUCCGCACGUACUACUACAACUUCCUCUACAACCUGGACCCGAAUGAGGGCUACGGCGACUACCCUGACUGGCCGCAGUGGGCGGACACCGGCAGUGGUAACCAGCUGGCGUGGUUCUCAGCAGACUCGUCUACCUAUUUGACGGACGACUUCAGAAACGACAGCUAUACGUACAUCCUUGCCAAUGUUGAUUCGUUUCACAUCUGAGUUGUUGAGGAGAAUCGCUUUGGCUACUGGCAUUCAGUUCAGGAGGACACGAAAGGCUGUCGCGUGAGAAAAUGAUGUAACGAGAAGAUUCCGAAGUGCUCGAGCCACAUCGCCGAAGGGCUUGAAUUUUAUGGUACUUCAUGAUGAAUACAAUGAUCCCAGUAUG